ACAGACACACAAGCUGCAAGCCGCUCCGACGGCUUUCGGAACAUGGAGCAUCAAAGCAUUUAUCACCUGCUUCGUAUAAUACCUGAGGAUGAGGAAAAUGUGAAUGGUAUGAUGGUCUUCCUGUCUGGAGAGGGAAGAAAUGAGGGAGAGAGUGGACCGGGCCAGCCUGGGUCGGGAGUAGCAGCAGCCGACGCAGCAUUCAGUAGACAAGGUGGGCCUGCUGCUGGUGCUGCAAGUUUCAUGAUUCCCUGUACCGGAGAAGGCCAUGACUGGGAGAAUGCACAGCAGCUUCAGCAGCCGGUUUUCUGGAGAAUAAGAGACCCCCGGGUUGCGCAGCCUGGGCCACCGCCGAAGGGCAAAUGUGGCCCCAGCAACAGGUUCGCCCGCUGGCAGCUACAGGAACUGGAGCUUCUUUUCCAGCGCACUCAGUACAUCAGUGCACAAGACAGAAAACGGCUGGCAGUGUGUCUGUGUGUGUGUGAAGCCAAAGUGAAGAAUUGGUUUCAAAGGAGAAGAGCAGAAUAUAGGAAAUAUCAUAAUUCAUAAACAAAGGCUCAGAGGUGUUCCUCCUCCUGAUAAGCACAUCGCCUUUCCCUGAAGAUUAUGGAGGGGCCUCAAGGUUAGCCCUUGCCUGGGAGCCAGAUGCAGAGGCUAUCCCCCACUCCUGCACCCCCCUCCCCCCCACCAACCUAUUGUUUCAGCCAUAUCCCCUCAGCACUUGUGCUUUCAAUAAAGAGGUGAAUUCUC